AUGGCAUCCACCGGCGGCUACGGGAAUCCUGUGCGGAGAGGGUCUCUUCCGCUGCGCAGAGGUAGUAGUGAGCGCAUGGUUAAGGCCUUUAAGAACAUAGAGAAACAGGUGGCUGCAGAGGAACGAACUAGAAGAGAUAGUGCUGACUCACAAGGU